AUGCCAACUGCGUUACUUCCUUCUUCAGCUGCACCAUUUGCGCCACGGUGCCCGCCUUCUGUGAUUUUAAGCACCAGUAUCGAGCUCUGGUUGACGGAAACCUUAAAGCGAGUCUGCAAGGUCAAGGGGCCCCUAAAGAAUGUCAAGCAGCAUACAAAACGUCUGAAGGAGAUCUUGUCCUUGCCGACUGCUAUCUGGACUCUAUGCUCCGUAAUGUUUCCAAAGGUUCCAAAGGCACUAGAUGUGGGACUGCAGUACCAGACGAUCCAUAUUGAAGCAUAUGUCGUGUACGUCGACAUGGCUUACGCAAAUGCGGUUGCCUUCAAGCUGACAUCGGAGACUAUCAACACUCUGGUUAAGUUCCAUCUGGAAGUCUACUCUGUGUAUGCUCGGCUCAGCACAUGGGAAUGGAGUGCCAAGGAAAACCAGUUGAGGAAGCUACAGGAACAGUUCAUCCGGGAUGUUAACAAGUUUAUCUUUUAUACGGAUGCUCUUGCUCUUGAAGGGUUAGAGGAGGAUGGUGCUGGUGAGCUACUCGGAGGCAGAAGUGAUCUAGCCAAGGCAAUGGUCAAGAGCCUCUUUAUCCCCUUACAGUCUCCACAUCCUGAACCAUUGUGGGUUUUGCAGGGUCAGUAG